CAAUAUUGCUCCUCAUUUUCAACAUUUUGGUCCUCCUCUAUUCUGUGGUUCUUGAGGAUACAAAUCAUACAAUUUCCACUUCAUUUUACCAAAGAUUUUCAUUCCAACUUGCUCUACCCCACACCUUCCACACGCCCUCUAAUUCUUCUUAUAAAAAGGACCAAACCUUGCUUCCUCUCUUCAAAAUCAUCUCUUCCUUAAGCCUUAUUCUUUAAACAAAACCUUCAACAUUUUGAAUACCCUUUUGCAUAUCUAAACCACUACAAAUUUUGUUAACUUCCACAACCUUCAAAAUCUUAAGGGCUCAUUUGGUGUUCAGCAUAACAAAAACAAGAAAUUUGUUUGGACUUUGUUUUGAACCUUGGUUUGAAGAAAUGGCAUCAAUGUCAGCAUCUGGUUCAUGGAGUGCUAAGGACAAUAAAGCAUUUGAAAGGGCACUAGCUGUUUUUGAUAAAGACACACCUGACCGUUGGUCCAAUGUUGCUCAAGCUGUUGGUGGUGGGAAGACUCCUGAGGAUGUUAAGAGACACUAUGAACACCUCCUAAGGGAUGUUAGGCACAUUGAAUCAGGUCAAGUUGCAUUCCCAAAUUACAAGAACAUUGGAGGCUAUGAUGAGGAAAAAAGGUUGAGAAACCUAAAGCUCCAGUAACCAAAUGGUGUCAACAACAAAUAAUUUCUGAUUCUCAUUUUCAAGUAAUUUUUAUUUUUAUUUUUAUUUUUAGAAUCAUUGGAUUAGGUAACUAUGAUGUUACAUAACAUGUAGUGCCAGUGAUGUAGCAUUAGUGAAACUAUUUGUCAUAAGAAUCAUAUAUCCCAUGAUUCCAUGUCCCACUUUCUUGUCUUUGGAAUAUCAACGGUUCUGUUUUUGUUCACAACCUUAAUAAAAUUAUAGCUUUAUGAGCUCCAUUUAUUACCACA